AUGACUUCCAUUGCUCCUUUUCCGCCAGUGCAAAACGUCACAAAUCAAACUUUGUUGCCUGCACACUGCCGAAACCCCUACGAAACCGGAAUUUUGCAUGAUCUCGUUACACAUGUUAGCCUCAGCAUUGCCAUUCUCGGGAUCCCUGCAAAUAUUUUGGCCCUCACUGUCCUUAACUAUCGAAUCACAAGUCGUAGCCCUACACACAUUCUUUUAACAGCUCUUGCGAUUGAAGAUAUACUGAUAAUUAUUUCCUACAGUCUUUACUACAUUGCUGCUCAUUAUUAUGAGACGUACAACAUAAUCUGGCUCGGGUAUCUACGCUAUAUUGAUACACCUCUCUUUUACAUAGUCAACUGGAUUAAAAUGAUCGAAAUCUACACUGUUAUCUUCUUAAGCUUGGAGCGCUAUGUUGCCAUCAGGUGGCCACUGAAAGCCACUCGACUCUGUUCCGUGGGAAGAACAAAGCGUGGACUUCGUGUGAUCGUGGUUCUAUCAGGAGUUUUUAAACUUCCCAAUCUUAUAUUCGACUACUGCACAUUGAAGUGGAAUGCUGAGUGUCAGAGCUACAGGCUUGAGCCUGUUUUCAGUGCAGCGUCAUGGUACCCCACAUUUAAGCUGGUUUACGUUCAGUUGCUGGACCAGGUAUGCUCGUUCGUCAUUCCACUGAGUCUCCUUGUCUUUCUAAACCUCGGGCUCAUUUUACGUAUCCGUCGCUUCACCAAACGCCACAUGCAUGGUCAGUGGACAGGAGGCAAAACCAUAAGUUCUGAUGCUUCCGUUAACAGUAAUGUGUGCUACUCAGACGCCUCGCCUUCGAAAUGCAAUACACUCUCCUACAUCGACAGGACAGCAGUUACUCGAAAUCUGGCAUUCCAUGCAUCCAUUCGACUGCGGCGCAAUCACUCGGUAAAGCCAUCACAUAACCUAGAAGUUGAACUACCUGUAGCCGUGGAAACCCUGAGUCAGACAAAUGCAUUUUUUGACGGAAUCGAAACCAGCAGACCGGGACCAGAGAUCCGACAACGAGCCGUGAACUCAAACAACCGUACCAUUCUUCUUACACUGAUUGGUGUUGUGACCAUUUUUAUAAUUUGCGAAACGCCCACGACAGUGUGCUUCCUAUUUGAAAUGGUGAAUCUCAUCUAUCGCCUUUGCAAAGCAAAUGAAGAUAAAAUGACAGGUGUUGAAAAUUCAUUAAUUUUUGUCACCUCUGAGCAUCUCUCCUACUACGCGUACCCAGCUGCUCUUGUACUUGUGCUUGUGGGCUGUGCAAGCAACUUUUUUAUCUAUAUUUUAAUCGGCAGGCGUUUUCGACGAAAUUGCAAACAAAUGCUGGCUAAUUUGACGCACAAAGUAUGCUGCUGGACCGGUAAGACAAAAGAAGAGACGGAUUCUGGUUUCAUUCGUCCUCUCAAGCAUCUACGCCGAAGUAAGGUGAAAAAGGGCACACUUGGGAUUCCAAACAUUCGACCACCACCAAUCGAGAAGGAUAAACUCGUGCGGAAUGCUCGACAGAAGCACACCAACUCAGAGGCUUUGACAACACUAACGCCAAAGCAAGCAAAAGAUGCAAAGAUCAUUCAUUAA